AUAGAUCCCUAUUUCUCAGACUUGACCUCGAUUUGACUUCCAAGCCGGAAGAUGUUCCGAAAGUACAUCAUCAAAGGUUACGUAAAGUCAAAGUCCGGUAGCAUGUGGAUUGUGACAUGAGAAACCGGGUUCCGGCGUGACAGAAGACAAGAAAUAGCAGUGCGGGGAAAAGAAAGCAGAGAACAUGGAUACUGGGGUACAAUCUCGGGCAAAGCACAAAAGCCAUGUGUUUGGAGUGCUGUUCUUUAAGCGGUUCCUGAAGCUGACCGGGUACAUGUUCCCCUCGUGGAGAAGUGUUCAGGUUCUCAUCUGUUUCCUACUGCUUAUUCUGGGACUGUUAGAACAAGUGGUCAUUUUCUACAUCGGUAACAUCCCAUCCAAGUAUUACAAGGUUUUUGGUGAUCGAGAUAUGAGAGGAUUCAGGGAGAAAACCAUCAUGGCCAUCAUUCUCAUUAUUGCUGAGGCAUUUAUAAAAGCUUCCACUGUUUAUCUUGCUUCCGUUCUGUACAUAAAAUGGAGAGGUUGUAUUAAUGCCAAAAUCCACAAGCUGUAUUUCACAGAUCUCGUCUAUUACAACAUCAAUAUGGCAGGGAAAAUCGAUAAUCCGGAUCAGCGAAUCACGCAGGACUUGGACCGGAUGUGUGAUAACUUCAGUCAGAUCUUCGCUCCCAUCAUCAUCGCUCCCUUCACCAUCGCUUACUACCUGUAUAAAAGUGUAGAAAGCACAAGUUAUCUGGGCCCUGUUGGGGUCCUCUCGUUCUUCAUUGUUGCCACAGUGAUUAACAAGCUUCUUAUGUCACCAGUUGUACAGUACGUGUUCAGAAGAGAGAAAAUGGAAGGAAAUUACAGAUUUAAGCACAUGUUGCUGCGGGCUAAUGCUGAGUCUGCAGCAUUUUAUAGAUCAGGAGAAAUAGAGAAAUUCUACACAGACCAGAGACUCCACAAACUACUCAAGACUCAACAUCAUCUGAUACUACGCCAGUACGCACUCAACUUUUCGGUGAAUUUAUUCGAUUACCUCGGUAGCAUACUGAGUUAUAUUCUUCUUGCCUUCCCCAUUUUCCAUGGCGAUUACGACAACAAAUCACCAGCUGAUUUUUCUUCUCUCAUAAGUGCUAAUUCGUUUGUGAUAAUGUACCUCAUCAACUGUUUUACUCGCCUAAUUGACCUGUCAGUCAAAGCAGCAGAGGUAGCAGGGAACGCCCACAGGGUUGGAGAAUUGAUUGAAGAGUUACAGAGAGUCAGAGACAAGCAGGGGACACUGAACUAUGUCAGAAAGAAUCAACCCCCAAAUUUACCUUCCAGUGAUCAAGUUGAAUUAACAGAUCUCAAUAUUAACAGCCAUGUAGACCAGAGAGCCAUAUCUGUCACAGAGCUAACGUACGCUCCACCGAAAUCCAGCGACAUUCUCUGUAAAAAUUUAACAUUCCAGUUAGAGGCUGGAGUAAAUAUCCUCAUCACGGGGGAUUCGGGGUGUGGCAAGAGUUCUCUUCUGAGGGUCAUAGCAGGACUCUGGCCCUCACAGAAAGGAAGUGUGAAAUUUCAUGAAACUUUAAAUCCCAGUCAGAUUUUAUUUCUACCUCAAAAACCGUAUUUCACAGAUGGUACUCUCAAACAGCAGGUUAUUUAUCCAUUGAAAGAAACAGACUAUGGAUCAGUUUCUCUAGAUGAUGAGUCAAUCAACCAGUACAUGGAGAUUACAGGACUACAGAAACUCACAGAAAGAAAACUUGGACUAGAAAGCUACUCAUCACAUGAUUGGUAUCAGGAACUAUCCCCUGGAGAGAUGCAGAGAUUGUCCUUUGUCAGACUCUUCUUCCAUCAACCUAAGUUUGCAGUUCUGGAUGAGGCGACAAGUCAGAUCAGUAUAGACCUUGAGCGGGUGUUGUACACUAAAUGCCAGGAGCUGGGCAUCACUCUGAUGAGUGUAGGUCACAGGGACACACUUAGACAGUAUCAUCAGUUAGAGCUCCGCCUACAGGGGCGGGGCAACUGGACAAUGCAGCCAAUCACAGACAAUGUUAUAUCUGUAUGACAGUAUUACGGUUGUAGAUAAUCAGUUAGGUUAUUUUAAUAAAGGGUUAUUUAAAACAAAUCAUUUGAAGAUAUGGGGAAAAUGUAAUACUAAUUUGAUAAUUUUGCAACUUUUUUGUUGUUAAGGCAUUAAUACAUCCAUAUGCAUUUGGGCAUUUUUAUUUGGUUUUGUAUGACUGGGUAGCAAAUACUAGAUGUAUACAACUGUUUCAUGGUUAAGAGUACACUCAGUGAAUGAUCUCAUUCCCCUUACAUUUCAUUACAUGGGCAUGUAUAAUUUUAAUUGUGUAACAAGAAGAACCUCACCUCAUGGAGUAGUUUUAGAAUUAAAUUUUGUAGUUGUAUUCUGGUGAUAAAGAGUUUGUUUGAAAUCCAUUCCAAAGUAUAUCUUAUUUACUUGCCACAGCAAAUGCUUAUGUGUGUUAGAAACAUUGCUUGAACAUUACUAAUAUGGUUGCUGAGUGUGAACUUGUAUAUUUUAAAAGCCUUGGUUUUAAAAGGACUGAAAAGAUAAUAUUCAGGUAACUAUUUUUCCAUAUUAUUUUUAUAUGGAGAUUAUGCAAUUUUUCUUAAUAUUGUUGGUCUUUUGUGAUGAGCACAAAUUUGCAUUUAGACAUGAAAUGUCUGAUUUUCUUUGUUUUGAUUUAUUAGAACUUUAUCAGCACGUAUUAUUUUGACU